AUGCAACUGGGUAGAAAAAACAAAGAAAACCAGGAUUGGAUCAAUUGCAAAACUGACGUGAGCUUGGCGAUCAGAGUCGUUUGGGGUUUGAGCGCCAUCUUCACUGACAGAGACAACAAUUGCAUGUACUCUUCGACCACUCAGAUGAAGAGUACAAACUAUUCCAUGGAAACUGAAGCCAUGGUGCUUCGCAUAACCAUGAAGGUUGAUAAGGAUUACUGUAAAGUCGAGUUCCAAUUAGACUGUUUGAAUGUCAUAGACAUGAUGGAGAACAAAGAUAUCAUGGUUCCUAGAAGUAUGGUGGGAGGAAUGAUGAAGAAGAUGAAAUGGUAUUGUACUAGGUUUGAGGAAGUUAUGUUUAAGCAUUUGAAUCGAUUUCUCAAUACUGAAGCUCAUACUCUAGCCAAAAACAUUACAAUCAAUGAGAUGAUUAUUGGAUCAGUUAAUAGACCAAAUGACCCAAAUUAA